UCAGUUAGUGAAGAAGUCUGCAGAACUGCUCUGACCCUCCUGUCUCCUGUUUUUUCGAAGCAGGACGUGGCAUGUUAGUGGGGUCAUUUCUGUUGAGUGUCUUUUUUUUUUUUCCUUUCCUGCCAUACUCCAUUCCAUGUGUAUUUACUGUUAUUUCCAUACACAUCAGGUAUUUUCCUGUUUAUGUGUGAUAAUUGGUCAUGUAUCAUUGGCUGAGUGUGCCUAACAACGGCAAAAAGUGCUCUGUUCGCCCUCAGACCUGUAUAUGCCUGUACAUCCCAUGUGCAACAGCCACUGUAUUGCUUUUGAUGUGUCUCCUCCUUUCUGACUGUCACUGAGACUUAGCAAACCCUUUAGCAAAUCUACAUCUUGUGGCAAACAAACUGCCACAUUUGAUCAAAAUCUGUGCUGUUUAGGAGAAACCUUCCAUUUUUGGUAAUUCUGAACCAUGGAUAUUUCCUUGGUCUCUUAGUUUUGAGAGUCACAGAGUCCGUAUUCUUUUAGAUUUAUGGAAAUGUGUUCAAAUUCCUCCAGUUGCUAGUGCAUUUUACUAUGUGUCACUGCAAACCUUAAUGGCUUACAUCUCAAUACAGCUUUAGUUUUCCAACCUGUGUGAAGAUGUGACUUCACCCUAAAGACAGCCACAGUACCACCUGUCACCCACCACCCUUCCCAAACCUGAACGCCUGACCCCCCCAUCCCCUCCUGCCCAUAUUUGGACCUUACUCACAGUCACAAUCCACUGCACUGCCCCCUACGGGACCGGUGGGCGGCUUAAACGUCUGUAGUUGAUCCAGGAGUGCUGUCGAUCUCUAAUCUGUGGUAUUGCAUGUCUCGGGCAGGCAAGCGGGGGCGUCGCAGCAGUGCAGGAUCACUAGACAGCAAUAUGGAAGGGUCCAUCAUUAGCAGCCCUCACACACGCCGGAGAGCCACCACGCCACGUGAGGGUGCACCCCGCGGCCAUCCCUCCAUCCCUAACUCAGCGUCAACUUCCAUCCUCGGGUCACUCUUUGGCAGCAAGCGAGGCAAACCGUCAUCCCAGAGCCACCCCCCUUUUCCUGCGCCCGGCCACCCCCACUUAUAUCCCACAAGCCCCACCCGACCAACCUGCACCACACAGCACAGGUAGCGCACCCAGUGCCGGCACAACUACACAGUCACCACUCACAGUACUGCCAAGUCCCCCAGAACCCACCGCCUUAUCACCACCACCACCACUACCACCCCCCUCCCCAUACACAGUACCACCAGCACCCAGCCUACAGCUCCCACACGCACCAACACGCCCAUUCGCAGCACAGCCAUUACAGCCAGCAUUCCCAUCACAGCUCACACUCCCAGCAUGCUCCUCACCACCACAGUCAGCAAACGGGUCCGGCACCUGGCGGACCCAAACCCAAACACAGUGGCAUCAGCACCGUAGUGUGAUGUUCCUAAGGGAGAGAUGAAGAUCGAGGAGAGGACUUACUGAAGGAGUAACAAUUGCUUACACCAAAGGGACUGACAGCAUAACUCUAUGGCCUGUCCACUGUGUUUUACUGCUGCUGUGAUGGGAACCAGUCACAUGCAGUCAGCUUUUUCACCUCCAGGUCCAACUAAUAUGCAGGAUGGAAAUCGGACUCAAAUCUUCCACUAGGGGCCUUUACUAGUUUGCCUGAUAACGGGCCUGGCCCCUUCAGGGUUUCGUGUGGGGGGGUAGGGGUUCUGUACAGGAAGAUGCUCUUGUUUUGGACAAACUCGCACACACACCCGGGCCAUGGUGGCUGAAGAGAAUGUGUUUUUUCUCACCAAGCCGCUCCACACUGCUUAUUUCCCUCAAUAGCCUGUUUUACCUUCAUAUAAUCAGGAGGAAAGACAAGCGGAGACGAGAACAAGUCUGACGGUUUUCUCUGUCACGAUGACGGCAUAAUUUCUUGUGCACAGCCUUUCAGAAGUCAACUUUCAGCACUUCUUUCUUUGGUUUGCAGACCCUACCAUCAUUGAAUGCUAUUUGUAGUUGCCUCCCCGUAGAACUCAUAUGUAGUGAAAAACCUAGAUAUAAUCAUUUCACACUAACUUAAAUCAAAGGACAGGUAAACAACUGAGUCGACCGUCUCAGUCAUAGUAGUUCUAGUGCUGUAUUUACUGUAGAUGACAGCUAUAUGUGUUGUCUCCUAGCUCUCAUAAAUAAAUGUGCCAAUUAUUAAUGCAUAAUCUAUUUAGUCAAGACUUCAUGUACAGUAUAUUGUGCGUAAAGUAAUUUGUAAGAUUAUACUUACAAUUAUUAUCAGCAAAAAUGGAUUUUAUCAGUAUUAUACUGACUCUGUGGUAACAGGAUGUAGUUCUGAAAGGAAUGAACUCAUGCUCAGUCCGGCCGAUAAUCUAUUCUGAAAUUUUUGCCUUUCAAAUGGAUCAGAGGGAGCCUCUGGAUGGCAGCUGUUGCAUAUGGGCCUCACAGUGCUGUGGCAUCACAGCUGAAGCUCCAGAGUCAAACCUCAAAGUGGAUAAACUGAUCGGGUGGAUUGUUUCAGUUUACUACUCACACAAUGGCUGCUUUAACUGUAAAAAGUAAU